GUGGCAAUGCCAAGUUAGUAGGUUUCGUCAGCUGUAAAUUGUAUAAGUAAUUUUGACUUCUGAGUUAAACUUGUGUUGGUUUGCAAUUAAGUUGGUAUUACGAUUUCCGAUUUUAUUUAAUUAGUCGGCCGGCGCAAUCAAUAAAGCUUCCGCGAAAGCAGACGGCCGCUGCAUUCAUUGCAAGACCAGCAGCCGGAGCAGUCGGACACAAGUCUCUCAAUUUGCCUAGUAAUAUUUCUCAGUACUUCAAAGGACUUCAAACUACAAUCAAGAUGGCGAUGGCACUACCAGCUACCAACUUCGGAAAUAUUAAAUUUGCCCUGAAUAAUGGAGUAGAAAUGCCUGCAGUUGGAAUUGGUACCUACCGAGUGAGAACAGCGGAAGAAAUCUACAAAGUGGUGGACACCGCUUUGGGUGCUGGCUACAGGCUGUUUGAUACUGCUGGGGUCUAUGGAAAUGAAGUUUUCUUAGGCCAGGCCUUUCGCACCCUGCUGCCCAAGUAUCAGCUUGAUCGAGAGGAUAUAUUUAUCACAUCUAAGCUUGCGAUAAAUGCUUCAGCACCGAUCGACCACGGUACUAUGGCUGUACCAAAAGCAUUUAAUAAGUCCUUGAAUAACCUGGGCAUGGAAUAUAUCGACAUGUACCUGAUCCACUUCCCCGGAGCGGCAAAGGUUAACAACCAGAGCGUUCAGAAUGCGUUGCUUCGAGCUGAAUCCUGGAGGGCCAUGGUGAAGCUGUAUGAUGAGGGCAGAGUGAAUACCAUCGGUGUUAGCAACUACACCAUCUCGCAUCUCUCCGAGUUCUUGGAAAACCAUAGUAAUAUACCUGUUAUCAAUCAGGUGGAGUUCCAUCCAUUUUUCAACCAAACGGAGCUGCUGGAGUUCUGCAAGUCCCAGUUUAUUGGGGUGCAAGCCUACUGCUCUUUCGGUGGGCUUUCCAUUGGCUGCUCCGAACUGUUCAAUAACGCUGUGGUGACCAAGAUAGCUGCCAAACACGAAGCCUCUCCAGCCCAGGUUCUGCUACUGUGGGCCUUGCAGCAGGAUAUAUCCGUUAUCCCAAAGUCCACCAACCCAAAGCAUAUUAAGGAAAACAUCCAGCUUGACUUCAGGCUCACCAAUGAAGAAAUGAAGGCUCUGAAUAACCUCUCCCGCCACAAGAACAAGUACGCUUGGGACUCAUCCAAUGUUCGUUAAACGAAUGAUUCGCUUCAGUCUGUUUCUGAACCCCCCUCCACCCCCCCAGAAACAUGUCUAUAUUAAUUUAUAUCGCGCAAUUAAGGGGAAUUUAGUUAAAUUUAUUUUUAUGUCUCAAAUUUUUUAAUUAUAUCGGUAGUCGUUUUUUGUAAUCUAAGUGGAUUUUUUCUAAUGUUAUUUUUAUUUAAUAUUUUACGUUAUGCGUUACAGAGGUUACGUUUUUGUUGUUAUUUAUUGAAUAUAUAGAUUUACUUUAAUCGAAUAUCAAAUUCCGCCUCAAGUUAUGAAUUGAAUCUUUUCAAUUAUAGCCACGGGUGUUAUUUUUCUGUGAUGUUUUUCUUACGUUGUUUAAUGAUCAAAUUUAAACUAUUUGUUGUAAUAGUAGGUGUAUCCUUUAGAGUAUAGAUUUAGCCAGGGAUUUUUAUCCCUUAUUUUUAAAACCUUACUUUAUAACAUAAUAUGUAUAAAUGUAGUUUAAACAUGUUGGAAACAUGUAUAUUAUAUCUCAAAUAUAGUAAAGAAAAAGAAAACAAAAAAAAACUAAUGUAAUAUUGUAUUUAAUAUCGCGUCCUACACAUGAAUUGUCUUAGGAGCAAAUAUGUGAUUUAAAAAUAAACAAUAUCAA